GGGGUAGGAAGAAUUGGAGAAAAUGAUGAGGGAGAAGAUCAAGAUCAGGAAGAUCGACUGCUUGCCGGCAAGGCAGGUGAACUUCUCAAAGAGGAGAAGAGGGAUUUUGAAGAAAGCUAGAGAGCUGUCGAUUCUAUGUGAAUCUGAAGCUGCUGUUAUUAUCUUUUCUCAAACUGGCAAGCUCUUUGAUUUCUCAAGCUCCAGUACCAAGGAUGUGAUUGCAAGGUACAAAUCACAUACUUCUGGGGAAAAAUCAGAUCAACCCACGUUUGAUCAACUACAGUUGGAGAAAGAAAACAAGAUCAUGUUGACUAAGGAACUUGAGGAUAAGACCCGCAAGCCGAGGCAGAUGAAAGGUGAGGACCGUCAAGACUUGGGUCUGGAUGAACUGCAGAAGUUAGAAAAAUAGGUGGAAGCAAGCCUUGGCUGUGUGAUUGUAACUAAGG